AUGAAAAAUAAAACACAGAUAAAACACCCCCAUGACGUCGUUUUAAAAGUAAUAUUUAUUUUGAUAAAAAUGUUCGCAACGAGGAGUGAAUACGAUAGAGGUGUUAACACGUUCUCACCAGAGGGAAGGCUCUUUCAAGUGGAAUACGCACUGGGAGCAAUGAAGCUGGGAAGCACAGCUAUAGCAGUCUCCACGAAGGACGGAGUAAUAUUCGCAUCGGAAAGAAGAGCAACCUCACCGCUGCUGGAGUUCGUAUCGCUUGAAAAAAUCAUGGAAAUCGACAACCACAUAGCAUGUGCAAUGAGCGGCCUAAUAGCUGACGCAAAAACUCUCGUGGAUCACGCGAGGUCGGAAUGCGUGAAUCACACCUUUGUAUAUAACGAAAAAAUGGGAAUACGCUCCUGCGUCGAAGCAAUAGCGGACUUAGCUCUGGAGUUUUCAGAUGUGUUUGACACGAAGAAGAAGAAGUCUAUGAGUAGGCCCUUCGGAGUGGCCCUGCUCGUGGGAGGGAUAGACUCCGAGGGCCCAGUGAUUUGGUGUGUAGACCCCUCGGGAACAAUAAUCAAGUACAAGGCGGCAGCAAUAGGCUCAGCUCAAGAGGGAGCGGAGUCGAUGCUGCUCCAGAAGUACGACGAAAACAUGGAAUUCAAAGAUGCGGAAGUGCUGGUUCUGGACAUACUUAGGCAGGUGAUGGAGGAGAAGAUGACUCCGAAGAACGUGGAAAUGGCGAGAAUUAAGGUCGACGACGUCAGAUACUGCGAAUACGACGAGGCGAUGCUGGAAACGCUCAUUUUUAGCCUCCCUGAGCUCCAGGUGGACUAA